CCACGACGUUUUCCGCCCCGGGGUUUCCCGGCCCUAUCCUGGCCCCCGGGCAAAGCGCAGGGCGUGGGGGAGACCCGGGGCGGGGGCGGGGUGGGGGCCACUCGGUCGGCCUCCUUCCCGGGAUGGAGGCGCUGGCGCCCCGCUGAAAUCGGGGCGGGGGCGGCGGCGGGCACCCGCGGGGACCGCGGUCCCCCACCCCCAGGCCGGCCGCCCGGCCGCCAGCAGCUCAGUAACACGUCCCCAGGAGACUCGCAGGAGCAACACGUGAUGUGUCUACUUAUCAGGUUUGCAUCUCUCCGGGUCCCGGCCCCCCGAGCCCACCGGUGCCCUCCGCGUCAUGCCCGGGAGCCACGCGCCCUGCCCGGCCGCUGCUGCAUUUCUGCUCCUGAGGCGACGGCUUUGAGGCACAGCCCUGCCCGUAAGUGUGCCCAGCCAGCGCCAGCCCCUCAGUGAGGAGGCGCCGGUGUGACGAGAGAAGAGGACAGCGUCUACACAAGGGACUGAGACAAGAGAAGAAAGAAGUGAGCACACGCAUCUGCUCCUCCUGCGAGUGACGGCGAGAGUGGGGCGUCUGCUGGGGCAGAGAUGGAGUUCUGUGACGGAGACUUCUUAGAAGCUUAAACCCUCGACUCAAUGACGUCCAGUUCGCCCGUUGGCUCGGAAGGUUCUGACUUGUCUUCCGUCAGCACCAUGAUGUCGGCAGUGAUGGGUGUAAGCAAGGUGGCUGAGAAUGGCGGCAGCCCCCCAACCAUCAAAUGUCCCUCGAAGCCUCCAGGACCAAAUCGUAUUGGUAGAAGGAACCAGGAAACAAAAGAGGAGAAGUCCUCCUAUAACUGCCCCCUGUGUGAGAAGAUCUGCACCACACAGCACCAGCUCACAAUGCACAUUCGCCAGCACAACACAGACACCGGCGGGGUGGACCACUCGUGCAGCAUCUGCGGCAAGUCGCUCAGCUCGGCCAGCUCCCUGGACCGCCACAUGCUGGUGCACUCGGGCGAGCGGCCGUACAAGUGCACCGUGUGCGGCCAGUCUUUCACCACCAACGGCAACAUGCACAGACACAUGAAGAUUCAUGAGAAAGACCCUACCAGCACCACGACGGCGGCCCCACCGUCCCCCCUGAAGCGCCGGCGGCUGUCCUCCAAGAGGAAGCUGAGCCACGACGGCGAGUCGGAGAAGGAGGACCCGACACCCACCAAGAAGAUGGUAGAAGAUGGGUCGGGGGAUUUGGAGAAGGCGAGUGACGAAGUAUUUCACUGCCCCGUGUGUUUCAAGGAGUUUGUCUGCAAGUACGGCCUGGAGACACACAUGGAGACCCACUCGGAUAACCCGCUAAGAUGUGACAUCUGCUGCGUCACCUUCCGAACGCCUCGAGGACUGCUCCGGCACAACGCCCUCGUCCACAAACAGCUUCCCAGGGACGCGAUGGGAAGGCCUUUCAUACAGAACAACCCUUCCAUCCCCGCCGGCUUCCACGACCUGGGCUUUACCGACUUCUCCUGCAGGAAGUUCCCGCGCAUCUCUCAGGCCUGGUGCGAGACCAACCUGCGCAGAUGCAUCAGCGAGCAGCACCGCUUUGUCUGCGACGCCUGCGACAAGGCCUUCCCCAUGCAGACCUCGCUCGCCCUGCACAAGCAGACCCACGCCCCCGCCGACCCUGGCCAGGACAGACCACAGGCCGAGAGCCUGCAGGGCGAGGAUGCCCUGGACCAGAAGGUCUUCCUGGCCUGGCUGGGCCUGCAGCACACCAAAGAGGCCAGGCCAGCUCCGGCGGAGGAGCCCCUGCCUAGUGACAACCAGGCCAUUCAGCUCCAGACACUCAAGUGUCCGCUACCUCAGGACCCCGGCUGCACCGCCGUGCUGGGUCUGUCUGCUCUGGAGGCAGCUUCCCUGGGCAGCCCGAUCACCGUCCUGCCGGCCACCAAGGAUGGCCUGAAGCACCUGUCCCUGCAGCCCUUCCAGAAGGGGUUCAUCAUCCAGCCUGACAGCAGCAUCGUGGUGAAGCCCAUCUCUGGGGAGUCGGCCAUGGAGCUGGCAGACAUCCAACAGAUCCUCAAGAUGGCAGCCUCUGCCCCCCCGCAGAUCAGUCUUCCGCCUCUCUCCAAGGCCCCUCCCAACGCGCCCCUGCAGGCCAUCUUCAAGCACAUGCCCCCGCUGAAGCCAAAGCCCCUGGUCACGCCCCGCACGCUGGUGGCCACGUCCACACCGCCCCCGCUCAUCAACACGCAGCAGGCCUCCCCGGGCUGCAUCAGCCCCAGCCUGCCCCCGCAGCCCCUGAAGCUGCUCAAGGGCUCGGUGGAGGCCGCCUCGCACACACACCUGCUGCAGUCCAAGUCCGGGGCCCCCCUGUUUCUGCAGGCGCCGCAGGCAGAGCUUCCGGGCCAGGCGGAGAUGAAGGCGCAGCUGGAGCAGGACAGCAUCAUCGAGGCCCUGCUGCCCUUGAGCGUGGAGGGCAAGAUCAAGCAGGAGAUCACGGAGGGCGACCUCAAGGCCAUCAUGACGGGCCCCGGCGGAGGCGGCGGCGGCGGCAAGAAGGCGCCGGCCAUGCGCAAGGUGCUGUACCCGUGCCGCUUCUGCAACCAGGUGUUCGCCUUCUCCGGCGUGCUGCGCGCGCACGUGCGCUCGCACCUGGGCAUCUCGCCCUACCAGUGCAACAUCUGCGACUACAUCGCGGCCGACAAGGCAGCGCUCAUCCGCCACCUGCGCACGCACAGCGGCGAGCGGCCGUACAUCUGCAAGAUCUGCCACUACCCCUUCACCGUCAAGGCCAACUGCGAGCGCCACCUGCGCAAGAAGCACCUCAAGGCCACGCGCAAGGACAUCGAGAAGAACAUCGAGUACGUGACGAGCAGCGCGGCCGAGCUGGUGGACGCCUUCUGCGCCCCGGACACCGUGUGCCGGCUGUGCGGCCAGGACCUGCAGCACCACCGCGCCCUCCGCAUGCACAUGCGCACCCACUGCGCGCGCGCCCCUGGGACCCGCGCCCGCAAGCCCUUCGAGUGCCGCGAGUGCAGCGCCGCCUUCUCCGCCCGGCGCAACUGCGUGCACCACGUGCUCAAGCAACACCUGCACGUGCCCGAGCAGGACAUCGACAGCUACGUGCUGGCCACCGACGAGGCCCCCGGCCCGGCCUCCGGGGCCACGGAGGAGCAGAAGCCCCUGGCCGCCUUCCUGGAGCCCCAGAACGGCUUCCUGCACGCCAGCCCGGCCCCGCAGCUGCCCCACGUGGCCGUGAAGCUGGAGCCGGCCAGCAACUUCCCCGGGGAUUUCAACGAGCCCCUGGACUUCUCCCAGAAGGGCCUGGCCCUCGUGCACGUCAAGCAGGAGAACACAGGCCCCUUCCUCAGCCCGGGGUCCACAAGCCCCUAUGACUGCUCCAUGGAGCCCAUCGACCUGUCUAUCCCCAAGAAUGCGCGGAGAGGGGACAGAGAGCCAGCCACCCCCGCUGAGGACAAGACACCCGAGCAAGAACCAAAUGGCACCGAGCCGUCUCCCUGCCCACCGCCACCGGGUGCUGCCCUGCCCGUGGCCUUGGGGCCCAGCGGAGCCCCAGAGAAGCCCCCCGUGACCACGUCUGCAGGCACCGAUCUGGAAGGCCACACUCAGCCCCUGCAGGGCACCGUCCAGGUAGCCCUGCCCAUCUACUCCUCAGCUCUGGUCAACAGCUCCCCGCUCGUGGGAACCCCCACCCUGCUCAGCAGCCCUACCUUGUUACGGCCCCUGCGCCCCAAGCCCCCCUUGCUCUUGCCAAAGCCCCCCGUGUCGGAAGAACUGCCCCCUCUGGCCUCCAUCGCCCAGAUCAUCUCAUCGGUGUCCUCCGCCCCCACCUUGCUGAAGACCAAGGUGGCCGACCCCGGGCCCGCAGGCGCCAGCAGCAGCGGCGCGGCCUCAGACAGCUCCGGAGGCUCCUUCCCCAAAGCUGCCGCCGUCCCCUCCAGCACCGCCAGCCCCAAAGAACCUAGCGACCCGCCCCCUGCCGCCAACAGCCCGGAGGCGGCCUCACCCCCCGAACCGGGGUCCGCUGGAUUGUCCAAGAAGAGGUCCCGGAAAAGGGGGCUGCGGAGCCGACCCCGAAAUGGCAGUGACGGGGUGGACCUGGACUCCAGUGGCGAGUUCGCCAGCAUCGAGAAGAUGCUGGCCACCACGGACACCAACAAGUUCAGUCCCUUUCUUCAGACGGCGGAGGACGACUCGCAAGAGGAGGCGGCCCCGGCUGACCACAACGGGCCCAGCGAUGAAGAGCAGGGCAGCCCCCCAGAGGAGAGGCUGCUGAGGGCCAAGCGCAACUCCUACGCCAACUGCCUGCAGAAGAUCACCUGUCCCCACUGUCCCCGGGUCUUCCCCUGGGCCAGCUCCCUGCAGCGACAUUUGCUCACACACACUGGUCAGAAACCCUUCCCCUGUCAAACUUGCGACGCCUUCUUUUCUACCAAAUCUAACUGUGAACGCCACCAGUUACGCAAACAUGGACUUACCAACUGUUCCCUGAGAAGAAACGGGCUUAUCCCCCAGAGCAAAGAGAGUGAUGUUGGAACCCAUGAUAGCCCAGACAGCCAGUCGGAUGCAGAGACGCCAACCUCAGGAGCCCACGCCCUGGAUCUCACCUCCCGGGAGAAGGAGAAGGAAGCAGCGGCCCCGGAGCCCAGCCCUGUGGUGGAAGAGCAGCGGCCCAUAGAGGAGGAGGGCCAGGGAGCCGCCAAGCCCCUGCCUGGGGAGGAAGCAGUGGCCUCCGGGAGCCUGGGGCCCGAGGACAGGCCCGGAGAAGAGAGGGACGAGGAGGAGGUGGAUGGCCCAGAGGAGGACACGGUCAGCAAUCAGAGUCUGGACCUCAACCUGGCCAGCACGCUCAUGUGCUUCAAACUGGCCGAGGGCGAGGGGGUCUCUGGCUCCCAGGACCACAAGCACACCUGCAACAUCUGUGGGAAAAGCUUCAAGUUCCCGGGGACCCUGACCCGCCACCACAAAGCCCACGGGCCAGAGGAGACCAAGGAUGAAGCCCAGAGCGCCGGUGGGGCGGACGAGGGUUCCUCCGUGGGCCCAGAGCUUGAAGAGCUGCCCGAGGAACCCCCAGCUGACGGGGAGGCAUCCUCGGAAGCCACAGCGGAGAAGCAGAGCGAGGAGACAGAGGGCGUCUCUGACGGAGAGGUCCCAGCCGAGAGGAAGGCCUCGGAGAAGAGUGACGACGACAGGAAGCCAAAGACGGACUCGCCGCGCAGCGCAGCCAGCAAGGCGGACAAGAGGAAGAAGGUGUGUACUGUGUGUGACAAGCGCUUCUGGUCCCUUCAGGACCUCACCCGCCACAUGCGCUCCCACACAGGAGAACGGCCGUACAAGUGUCAGACGUGCGAGCGCACCUUCACACUGAAGCACAGCCUGGUCCGCCACCAGCGGGUCCACCAGAAAGCCAGGCACGCCAAAGCGCAGGGGAAGGACAGCGACAAGGACGGCGAGGACAGUGGGAGCGAGUCCACCCACAGCGGCAACCACCCCGCGUCGGAGGGCGAGACCGACUUAGCCUCGGUCCCCCGAGGCCACAAGGAGAGCCUGGCCCUCGCCAGGGACGCCGGCGGCCGGGAGGACCGGGCGGUGAAACGGACGGCCGAGCUGGGCCAGGCAGAGGCUGGCAGGAGUCCCCCCAGAGCCUCAGACGGCCCCAGGGAGCAGGCGACACAGGCCGACCCUGAGCGGGACAGCCCAGCAGGCCCGACCCAGGACCUAUCAGAACCACAGGCCGGACGGACGGCUGUAGCUGAAGACGCCUCUCCCCUGCUGGGGAUGGAGUAACCGCUGCCCUGCCCCCAGCACACAAAGCCAGCAGAGCAAAGUGCCCCGAGUCUGGGCUCCCCGAGUGACCUCGGUGCCCUCCACCAUGGGAAAGGACAGGUGGAGAACUGUGUCUCCAUGCCUUAACCUGACCACCUCACCAUGCAGGGCUGCGGGGCCCAGCUCACCCAGCCAGUGCCUUAACUACUUUCCAGCCAGCCUUUUGCUGUCAUCCUGGGGGUGGGUGGGUGGGUGGGAGUGUUCUGUCCUCCCCUCCCCCCCCCCCGAACUUUUGUUGUUGUUGUUGUUGUUGUUUGAAAGCAGAUAUUGUAAUGAAUUAUUUGGAGAGGACCUUCUUUUCAUUUAAGCAUUAACGUUAACCUGUAUUGUGUGUGUGAGCUUGUCCUUGAGGUCCCAUGAUGAUAGCAGCAGUAGCGUUUUGUUCUGUGAGCUGGAAACAGAAGAAAGCAGCCUGCUCCCCCCGCCCCGACAUCCCAUGGCCAAUAACUGGAAGACAAUGAUGUGAAGUUCAUGUAAGUCGCUGAAGGAACCAUGGAUAAGAAGCCUUUCCUUCUCCUGCCUGUCUGCCUGGUGAUGGAGCCGGAGUGCUGGUCCCCAGAAUGUGGUCGGUGAAGGCUUCCGGUCUUGAUUCAGGCAGAAACCAGGAAAAGCUGCUGGCUUCAGCCUUGUGCGUGUGUCCACUCUUCUCACGUCAGACACGCUAUCCAGUUCAGAUUCCAAGACGUCCCGUUCUUUGCGUGUGCCCCCUGGCCGCUUAAUCACAGGAGAACAUGCACAGGGGUCAUUUGGUUUCCCUCCCCCUUUUUGGUAUAUAUAUAUAUAUAUAUAUUAUUAAUAUUAUUGUUAUUAUUAUUGGUUCAUCCCUUUGCUGGUCUCUGCGCUCAGCAGAAACAAAUGGGCAAUAUUUGUCCUGGAGAUUUGGGCACUUGGGUCCCGUGUGAGCUCUGUCACGGCUCCCUGGGUGCCAACCCUUCUACUGUACUUACGCCUGCCUUCCAUGGCUGGGGGUCCCUGCAUACAUCUGGCUGAGGAGCAACUGGCAAGUGGGCCGGGGAGCACUCCCCCCACCCCCGGGGCCCCUCCUCACCUGAAUUCGGCCAGCCACGCCUCCCCUGCCCACGCUCCUGCCGUUUGCAAAGCGAGGAGAUUACUACUGGUGAGAAAACUGCACAUGCAAGAUGGCAGAUAGAGACAUCGAUGUCUCUACCUUCCUGCGAUUCGCAAGCGGUGCUUGAACCGAAAUGUGCUGUGUCUGGUUUCUUGAAUAGCCUGAGCCCCUCUCCCCCACCCCCACCCCCACCCCCACGCUGACCCAGCCCCAGACCUUGCAAAAGGCAGGAUUUAUGUUUCCAUGUGCAUCCUCUGUGGGCAACAGACGCCCUCACUGCAGCCACCAGCAGGGAAAGAGACAGAUCCUACUGUAUCCGAGUGUGUGCUCAGCACCCUGUCCUCCAGCUGGGAACUCCAGGACACUCAAGCCUCCCCACCCCACCCGCCAUCCAUCCAGCCCUUUUGCCUUCUCAGGGGGAAGCCUCCCUGCACCCCGUUGGGACUCCCAAGCAGGCACCUGGGCCCUUUGGGUCCUUGCAGACACCCCUGGAUCCUCUCCACUUCUUUAAACCCAUUUCCGGUGGCCAAAAUCCCAACUGCUCAGACUUCCUUUAGGGAGAUAGAGAAUCUCGAGAGAAUGAGUUCUCUCUCUCUCUCCCUCUCUGCCUCUCUCCCUCUUUCUCUCCCUCUCUCCCCACAUGGAAGGGGAAAGGUGGAGGUAUAUCAUUUCCUGUAACUGUACUAGGGAGGCAGGGACGGGUGUCCAAGUUAGGUUUAGUCCACGUGUGUGAUUGUGAACAGAUCAGGACAGAGGAGAAACCUCCAUCAGCUCCCCCCCCCCUUCCCCAGAGAACCGGUUCCCAUGUCCCUGGAUUUUGUAUGAUGAUUGUUGUUGUUAUUUUCAUCGUUAUUAUUUUUGAGGGUUUUCUUGUGUUCUUCUCGGCGGGCGCCUCUCCACACUGAGACUGUUGAGACAGUGGGGAGCCCCAGGACUUGACUCUACACCGCGGUGAGAUGUAGCAGGAAUCAGCCGGCCACUCGACCCACCGGGGGCUGCAACGACGCAAUAAUCACUAUUGAUUCAGAGCUUUACCCAGCCUCCACCUGUCCCUUCCUAGUCGAUAAGGUCUCGCCACGCUUUCUUAGCAAGGUUGAGAAAACUGCUAUCGUGUGUUUGUGGCUCUGCCCUCACUCCCCUCCCCCAAUAUUAAACUGUGAAAUCUGUGAUUUGUUUCAACUCUGGGUGAAUCCGCUUAGUUUGCAUGUCCAGCUUUUGUUUCUAGACAAUUUUGUUUUGAUUCUCUCUCUCCUCCUCCUCCUCCUCUCAGGGCUUUUACAAAAAAAAAAAAAAAGAAAUUAUAUAUAUGUGUGUAUAUAUAUAUUGAUCUUCUGAAAAGUGUUUUUUGAGGUGCAAGUUCUUCUCCUUUGUUUUUCUCUUUGAUUUAUGGACACAAUGCUGAAAUUCAAUCACUACAUGAAACUCCUGGCUGUGAAAACUAAACAGACCCCUCCCCCUCCCGCCAUGGCCUGUUUUUUUUUUUGUUGUUGUUGUUGUUUGUUUUGUUUCCACACACACACAUACAACCCCAGGGAAGCUACAUGACAGUUUGAGAAAGAUCCAUCAACACCCCCCCACCACCACCACUCUCUGUUCAUCUCUCUAUCCACUUCAAGAAGGAAGUUGAUCCUGGUGAUUUCAGCCCGUGCAUUAAACAGGAAACAAUAAUAAAUAUGCAGAAUUCCUAUUUGUUUUUCUAAAGGGAACUUUAAAACUGCUGCUACAUGUACAAAACUGGUUUAUUGCCACACGAACAGAGAAUCACACGUUUGGUUUUGGUACUUGUGUUCCUCUCUGUAUUCAGCUGUGCAGUACUUCCAAAUUCAGAUGAGAAGAAAAGCUGUCUGUAUCAAACCAUCUAAGCAAUAAAUGUUAUAUUUUAAAAGCA